GGAGGCGGCCUCACUCCUUCCCUCCCUCCCUCCCUCCCUCCGGGAAGAGAAAAUCAGCCUUGGGGAGAAGGAGGGUCUGUUAACUUUCCAGGGUCUGUUGACCUUUGAAGAGGUGGCUGUGUAUUUCACCGAGGAGGAGUGGGCUCUGCUGGAUCGUGGCCAAAGAACUCUGCACAGGGAAGUCAUGGAGGAGAAUUAUGAGAUGGUGGCCUCUCUUGAAUCAGACCUCAGUUCCUGUUGGGAAGAAGAAGAUCAGCUGAUACAAGACCCCAAAGAAGAGGAGACAUCAGAAGAUAAGCCUGUUGCAGUUGUUGUUGGUGCUGAGAGCAACAGCCAGUUGAUGCAGUCACUUGUGUCGCAGUUUGUUGUUCCUGAGAUGGUGAAACUAGAAAGUGAAGUUUACAAGGGAGGCUUUGUGCAUGGGGAGGCGGACAAUGAGACGCAGUACCAGUUGCCCACAGCCACAUUUGCAGAACAGCAAGUGCCAUGGUUUGGCUUUGAGGAAGCUUGUACAUUUGUGAGCCAGAGUGGUAGAAACGUUGUUGUACAAUGCAAUUACUGCCUUCCGCGGAUCAAAACUCUAAGAUCAGCUAUUUCCACCUCAUCCAAUGUGAAGAAACAUUUAGAGAGAAUGCACCCUGAGAAGCUGAGAGCAAUUAUAAGUGCAAUAAAGGCAAGGAAACGUGGCCGUUCCGAACCAGUGCAUGACCCCCCUCCUCCCAAAAUGCUGAAGCAGCAGCAGACAACCCUUGAGAGGUGGGGAUCCAGUAGGGAGACUGUCACCCAGAGCAGUCUCGACAAAAAAAUCAUUGACUUCAUCAUAGAGGAGACAUUGCCACUUCAGAUUGUGGACAAACCAUCAUUCGUUAGUCUGGUUCGAACUGGACUCCCAAAAGACCUCGCCAUCUUAUGUUCCAAGACUCUGAGAGACAGAAUUGAGAAGAGAGCAUGCCACAUGAGAGAAACGCUUGCCAACCGCAUGGGUGCUGUGGCGUAUGUAGCAACCGCUGCAGAUUGCUGGACCAAUGGCAAGAAGAGUUACUUUGGGGUAACAGCCCACUGGAUCAACCCAACUACCCUGAAACGUGAGGUCGGGGCCUUGGCUUGCAAGCGUCUGAAGGGGCGCCGUACGUAUGAUGUCCUUGCAAAUGCACUGCACGAGGUCCAUGUGCAAUACAGGAUUCACAACAAAGUUGUGUGCAUUACCACGGAUAAUGGCACCAACUUUGUGAAAGCGUUCAAAGUUUUCAUGGACAAAGAACCGGCAGAAGCUGCAGGCACCAGUGACGAUGACGAAGAUGGUGAUCACGAGGAGGAGGCUGAGACGGAGUUUGUGCCCAUCUCUGAGAUCCUGGACACAAGGCUUAAGGCAGAGGAAGAAGCUGUAGACUCAGGAGAAUAUUUUGUUUUACCACCACACCAGAGAUGUGCUAGCCACACCCUCAACCUGGUGGCAACACAAGACAUAGAGGCCAUGCUUUCUGACUCCUCCAAAACUAGUCCACUUGGUUCUUUCAAGAAACACUUUCGUUCCUUGAUGGGAAAGUGCAGCAAGUUGUGGUCCAAGCAGAGCCAGUCAGCACAGAUUGCUGAGUACAUCCAUGAGCAGUGUGGCAUGUAUCUGAAGGUACCAAACAAGACCAGGUGGAAUUCCACCUUUGAUGCUCUGAAGCAACUACAUGAGCUCCUGUCAACUGUGCCACAAAAAAUGGACGCCGUAAUGGACCAGUGCUACUUGCCCAGGAUCACCGCUGCUGAGACUGUAGUGGUGCAGGAGUAUACAGAGGUCAUGGAGCCACUUGCCCAGUCCCUAGACAUCCUGCAACGGGAGAAUGGCAUGCUCAUGGGAUAUUUGCUACCAACGCUUUACAGUCUGGACCGCAAGUUAGAGUGGCUGGAAAACAAGCCUGUGAGGUACACCUUCUGUUUCCAGCUGCUGAGAGGUGUGCGCGAAGCCCUACGACAGCGGUUUGCAGCUGUCUGGGAGGACAAGAGGCUUCUUCUGGCGGCCUGCCUACACCCUCGCUUCAAACUAGAGUGGCUGGAAUCAGGCCAGGCCACCACCCGUACCAACAAAUGCACGAUGGAAGCAUUGUUGAAAGCCGAAAUAAAGAUGGGUGCGCUUCACGAGGACCGCGGUCAGUCUUCAGACAAAGACCAGGAAGGAGACGCUUUGGAAGACGCCUUCUUCAACAUUCAGCCCCAGGGCAAGAAGUCAGCGGUGGACACCGCGGAGGAGGAAUUUUUGAGGUACCUGAGGUCUCCCAGCAGGGAACUGUCGUCGCUGCAUGGCUUUCCACAUGUGCUACGCUGUUUUUUGCAGCACAACACGGGCGUGCCUUCAAGCGCCACGGUAGAACGCCUGUUUGGCCCCAGCGUCAAAGUAAUGACGGUAAAAAGACGCUCCUUGUCCGACGUGCUCUUUGAGCAUCUUGUUCUCUUGAGACUUAACGGAAGUGUAUUGUGAAAGCGGCGUUUCAAGCGUAAAAUUUGAUUUCAUAGUGAAAAAUUAUACGUGUGUUUGGGUAUCGUUAUUGCUGGGGGGUGGAGGUGAGAUUCUGUUACGCAGUUCUGUUGAUCUUAUGGAUAAAAUUUUUUAUUCUGCUA